AUGGUCGCACCUACGAUCCGCGUCCGUCCCGCGCAACGCGUGCCCGAACACAUCGUUGGCGUCGAAACCGUCUCCACCGAUCCCCGCCAUGUCGUGCAUUUCCGUCAUCCCGCCUACCCAACUGCGAAGAACCGCCUCUUCAGCCUGCUCGCCCUAGACCACCCCACGGGCGGUAUCAAUUUCACCACUGCUCACACCGCCUGCGACAUCAUGGCCGGCAACCGCUUCGACGGCUACCUAAGCCUCACUGCCACCGGAAAGCCCAUUGUUGCUGACUCUUAUUCUGUGCUGACCGGCUCUGACUACUUCUUCUGCGUCCCUCCACCCAAGGGAACCACUGAACCCUACAAAUACCCUGUAGUCCCCAACUUCACCGAGUGGCGCUUCCCUCACGGCAAACUGCCGUCUGCAUGGGCUGCCUGUUACACUCCGCUCCAGGACACCGCCUCCAUCACAGGCGCGACGGACAUCUCAACCAAGGUACAUGUGCGCGAUGCCUCGUGCCGUAUGAGCGCGCAUGCCCACCUCUGCGAGCCGACGUACCUGCUUCCAGUCCACAUUGACAGCUGGUUCGAAGAGAACGAUAUGCAUCGUUAUGUCAGCGACCACCGGUUUGCCAACAUCCAUGACGUUGCCAACCGGCUGCUCUUACGCCGGGAUCUGAGCACCGCCUUCUCUAUGUGUCAACUCACCUUUGUCCCUAAGGCCGGCGACCUCGUCACGACCCUGCUCACGCCAUCGACGGAGCUCGCCAUGCUCUACCACAACACCGAAGUGCUCCCUCUGCGAGGCGUGGCGAUCGAGUUCCUAUUCUCCCGCUUCGCUUCGUGCAUAUUCCCUAUGCUCGAUGGAUUCCUUGCCAGUGGAGUUGAGAGGUUGUUGCUGGUGUCUUCGGAGUCGGGCACGUCGGAGCCUAAGGCGACGUGCGCUCACAAUUGCCAAAAUUACCGCUGGCUCAAGCCCAAGAAUCAGGAUGAUACUGAUAUGGAGGAUGAGGAUAUAGACGAUGAUGAUGAUUUCUGA